CCCUAUUACCUCAAACCAAACGCCCACAAGUUGCUCUCACAGGUAAUCCGUCGGGGUGUUUCUAUCGUAGCAUAGGGUUUGCGGAAGCUGCGCGGCCCUCCGACGAUCACGUAAUGGCGUGGGGGCGACGAAACCGUGGGACUGGGUGUAGCCUCCGCCGGCCUCCAUGUCACCGAGCGCAUCGGUAGGGAUGUAGCCGGCCGCCUCGACCUCGAGGAGGCUAUCGAAGCCUCGCUCUAUGCUAGCCUCCCCCUACUCCACCCUCCCCAAAGAGGUUUCCAAUCAUGGACUUCACUUUUGUCGAGUUGCAGUUUGUAGAUUCACUGAUAUUACUACUAUGAAAAUCCAGAUUAUUCUGUGUGAAGCUCUUUCUAGAGGUGGAGUUGCAGAAGCAUGUUCUGUAGUAAAGAGGGUCGGUUCAAAUAUCUAUACUGGAGUGGAGGGUCGCUUGUCUUUAGAGAUUAUUUAUCUUCAUCUUGAAAUGGCUGCUUCGCAAUGUAUGAAUAUUCUACAAACAGGCCUCAUCAUACGUGCUAGAGCCCUUCUUGCUGCUUGUAAGGUUGAACCAAAGCCUGUAUUAAGCACAUAUGAUCAGCUUUUAUCAUAUGGAGCUAUUUUACCUUCGCCAAACCUGAAACUUCGCUGUCUGAGAUCUAUUCUUGCUGUCCUCUGUGAGUGGGUUGGGUCUGUAUUUGCACAUUCAUUAGGGACCACAGCUGUUGGCGCUUCUCCAAUCCUUGGUGGAUUACUCUUGUUACAACAGACAGCAAUCAUCAACCAAGGAGCUCGAGAUAAGAUAACCAGUUUAGCAAAUGGGCAUACGGUCUCGUUACGUGAAGGGUUUAGGUCCAUUACCUAAACUAUCUGUAGUGGGUGAUUCUAGAGCCACAAACAUCAGUUCAAAACAUCAUGAUGAUUAUGAAAAAUUUGCAACUAUGCAGAAAACAAUCGAUGAACAGAAUCUGACUAUACGUGAGCGGCAUCAAAAAUUUGAAGCAUUAUUGCACCAACUUCAACAGGUCAUUCCUGGCUUCUCACUCCAGCCUCCACCAACAUGCUCUUAAAUUCUACCUCCUCCACCACCUCCCUCGCCUCCAUCAUCGACUAUGUAGUUUUUUAUUUUGCAAUAUUAUGUAAUGCGCAUUUCACUACUCAUGUUCUUUUGGAUAAUAUUUGACUAGUUGUGUUCAUGUUUUAAAAA